AUGGCAACUACACGCAUGCUCAGCAUUGCUGCCCAUCGCCUGGCCUUAGUUCCCAGAACACCACCAGUGCUAUCACUUCUACCAGCUACAUGUGUGAAUGGUAGGCGCCAUCAGAGCCACGGCCCCAAGAAUACCCGGUCCAAGAGUCUCCUCCCAACAAUGACCCCACUGCCUUCACAGGCAGGGCCGAGCAAUGCAGUCGAAUAUGUCUUAACGACGUUCGAUCAGAUUGCCAACUGGGCACGGCAAGGCUCCGUCUGGCCUCUCACCUUUGCCCUAGCAUGUUGCGGCAUCGAGAUGAUGCACUGCUCCAUGCCACGCUAUGACCAGGACCGCCUGGGCAUCAUCUUCCGAGCCUCGCCACGCCAGGCCGACAUCAUGAUCGUCGCCGGUACCGUCACCAACAAGAUGGCUUCUGCUGUCCGGCUUUGCUACGACCAGAUGCCAGAUCCCAAAUGGGUUAUAAGCAUGGGCAGCUGUGCCAAUGGCGGGGGUUACUAUCACUACAGCUACAGUGUGCUUCGCGGUGUCGAUCGUAUUUUGCCAGUGGACAUUUACAUCCCUGGUUGUCCGCCUACCGCUGAGGCUCUUCUUUAUGGGAUUUUUCAGCUGCAGAAGAAGAUGAGACAGCAGAAGGUGACGAGGAUGUGGUAUCGCAAGUGA